AAUAACAUGUGAAAGCAACUCACCCAUGGAUCGAAGGCUGAUUCAGGCAGCCUGGAAUGGGGAUGUCGAUCAUCUGCUUAAAGAAAUUGACACCAAUCCAUUUCUGCUACAUUCCAUGGCGCUGGAAGGUGGCCAAACUCCGUUACAUAUCGCUUGUUUCGCCGGAAAUCUCAACUUUGCAGCAACAGUUGUUCAACUCCGGCAAGAAUUCGCCAACGAGCUUAACCAAGAUGGUUACAGUCCGUUGCACGUUGCCGCCGCUUGUGGGCAUGUCGAGAUUGUGAAGGAGCUUCUUAAAGUUGACCUUGGUUUGUGUUUGAUCGAAGGAAAAGACAGAAAGAUUCCUCUCCAUUUGGCGGUGGUCAAAGGUAAAGUUGAAGUCAUUAGAGAACUGGUUUUAUCAAGUUUGGAUUCGAUCGAAUGCAUGACUGCCCAAGGUGAGAGUUCUCUUCAUCUAGCAGUGAAGAACAACCAAUUCAAAGCUUUUCAAGUUCUGAUACAGCAUCUGAAGCAAGUCAACAAGGAAGAACUGCUGAAUGCUAAGGAUUUUCAUGGGAAUACGAUCUUGCAUCUUGCUGUCUCAAGGAAACAGUACGAGGUGGUUGACUUUCUACUAAAUGGAGGAGUAAUCAGCAUAGAAAAGAUUAAGUUGAAUUCCUUAAACAAGAGUGGUUUAACUCCUCUUGAUAUGCUACUGAUUUUUCAAAGUGAAGCCGGUGAUCGAGAAAUCGAGGAGAUUCUCGUUCAAUCCGGAGCUUUAAAGGCCGGAAAUUUACAAUCUCCGGCGAAUACACAAGAAGAAAGAUCACCAAAUGAUCCGGAUUCAAUACACCAAAACCCUCAAUCUCCAUCUAGAAAACUGUUGGAUUACUUCAAAUACAAUAAUCUCAAAGACUCUCCUAGCGAAGUAAGAAACACCCUUCUCGUGAUCGUGAUACUUAUCACUGCUGCAACGUAUCAACCGGCUCUCAGUCCUCCCGGCGGCACGUGGCAGGACGAUUAUACUCUGCUUGCCGGAAACAGUACGGAAAAGAACAAUUCCAGCACUCCUACUAAAUCACAUACUGCUGGAGAAGCUAUUAUGGUUACUCAUAAUCCAACAGCCUAUACUAUAUUUCUGUGUGCCAAUUCGGUUGGGUUCUACAUGUCGCUCUACAUGAUCGAAGUACUAACCGCAGCUUUUCCUCUGCGGUGGGAACUGCGAAUUUCGUUAUAUGCGCUUUCUAUGACCUACAGUACUUGCAUGAAUGCGAUCGCGCCAGAUAGUUAUGCAACGUUUGUUUUUAUCUUCAGCUCGAUUGCUUUACCGUUCCUGAUACCAGUUAUGACCAUACUCUUGAGAAAUUACUUUAGCAGGUGUAGAAAUGUAUCUGUAUAUGCAAGUCAAGGAAGGGUCUGAAUGCUUGAACAUCUAUUAGCUUAUUUAAACAGCUCUUUCUGAGCUUAAUUAUAUAUCAAAGUAUGGCAAGAUUUCUGUUCAUAUAUAGAG